ACGCUGGACUGCCGCUCUUGCAAGAGGGUCCAAAGGCUCGCGUCACCGCGACGGUUGCCGCGCUGCCGAGCGGUUCCAGGAGCCAUGUCCACGUCGCCCAUGGAGCUUGAUGUGGACCUGGGUCCGAUGCCCAAGGAAGGAGAACGCUUCCUGCUGCAAGGCCUUCGUGGGCUAUUGGAAUGCCAAGAGCUUUGUGAUGUGGUCUUGGUGUCCCGAGGUGGCGCUGCCUUCCCUGCACACCGAGCAGUCUUGGCGGCCAGCAGCCCCCAGAUGCGAGCCCGAGUGGCGCAGCCAACAGAGCAGGUUGAUGGACUCCCGGCAAUACAGCUGGAGGUGGAGCAUUCGGAGGCAGUCAAAGCCCUAAUUGACUGUGUAUAUGGCACAGAGGGUGAGGACUGUGAUGGGUGCUACAGUCCCAGCUCAGAGGCGGCCAAUCGAGAUGUGCUGACACUGGCCCGCCAGUUUGAGUUGUCUGCACUCGAAGAUCGUGCAUCACGAUGGCUUGCCCGUAACUUAACGACGGCCAAUUUGCUCGAUCGCCUUGGCACCUGCGAGAGGUUCGGCUUGAAGGAUGUCAAGGAGAAGAUCCUUGAGCAGCUGACUGCCAACACAGACGUCUUGUAUGAGUUGGUCAGCAACCCAUCUGUGCAAUCUGUGCCUGGAGUGUUGCAAGACCUACUACUGCGAGUACUUCAGCUUCUAGGUUGUGGACCUUCAGUCGGUGGUACCGCCACCAAAGAUCAGCCACCAAAAGCAGAGGUAGAAGCAUGAUGAUGUGGCUUUGAGAGGGGCUGUAAUAGCUGCUGCUAGAGUGAUUGACUUCAUGAGUUCAGGCUUCUUGUUCGACUGUG